AUGUCCGCCGAGACCGCUACCAACCCUCCUGCCGCCGAGGCUCCAGUUAACGGCGCCUCCGAGGUUGUCAAUGCCCAGGAGACUGCCCCCUCUGCCGAGACCACUGCGGAGGCUGCCGCGGCUGCCGCCAACAACCAGCCUCAUUCCGCCUCCCUCUACGUUGGCGAGCUGGACCCCUCCGUGACUGAGGCUAUGCUCUACGAGCUCUUCUCCUCCAUUGGCCAGGUCGCUUCUAUCCGUGUCUGCCGCGAUGCUGUCACUCGUCGUUCUCUGGGCUACGCCUAUGUCAACUACAACAACACCGCCGAUGGUGAGCGUGCUCUCGAGGACCUGAACUACACUCUCAUCAAGGGCAAACCCUGCCGCAUCAUGUGGUCCCAGCGUGACCCCGCGCUGCGCAAGACUGGCCAGGGCAACGUCUUCAUUAAGAACUUGGAUAACGCUAUUGACAACAAGGCUCUGCACGACACCUUCGCUGCCUUUGGCAACAUUCUCAGCUGCAAGGUCGCUCAGGAUGAGUUUGGCAACUCCAAGGGCUACGGAUUCGUCCACUACGAAACUGCCGAGGCGGCCAACAACGCUAUCAAGCAUGUCAAUGGCAUGCUUCUCAACGACAAGAAGGUCUUCGUCGGUCACCACAUUUCCAAGAAGGAUCGCCAGAGCAAGUUUGAAGAGAUGAAGGCCAACUUCACCAACAUCUACGUCAAGAACUUGGAUCAGGAGAUCUCUGAUGACGAGUUCCGUGUCAUGUUCGAGAAGUUUGGUGAGAUCACCUCUGCUACCCUUAGCCACGAUCAGGAGGGUAAGAGCCGUGGCUUCGGUUUUGUCAACUACUCCACCCAUGAGAGCGCGCAGGCCGCCGUCGAUGAGAUGCACGAGAAGGAAAUCAAGUCUCAGAAGCUCUACGUUGGCCGUGCCCAGAAGAAGCACGAGCGCGAGGAGGAGCUCCGCAAGCAAUACGAGGCUGCCCGCAUGGAGAAGGCCUCCAAGUACCAGGGAGUCAACCUCUACGUCAAGAACCUGACCGACGACGUUGAUGAUGAGAAGUUGCGUGACCUUUUCAGCCCCUACGGCACUAUUACUUCCGCCAAGGUGAUGCGCGACUCUCUCUCUGACCGCAGCCCCUCUGAUACCGAGAAGGAAGGUGAGGCUAAGGAGGAAGCCGAGAAGGCCGAGAAGACUGAGGAGAAGAAGGAUGAUGAAAACAAGGAGGAAGAGAAGGAGGGUGAGCAGGAGCAGGAUGCCGAGAAGUCCGACAAGUCCGAGAAGAAGCUUCUCGGCAAGAGCAAGGGUUUCGGUUUCGUCUGCUUCUCCAGCCCCGACGAAGCCUCCAAGGCUGUCACAGAGAUGAACCAGCGCAUGGUCAACGGUAAGCCCCUCUACGUCGCUCUGGCUCAGCGCAAGGAUGUCCGCCGCAGCCAGCUUGAGGCCAGCAUCCAAGCCCGCAAUACCAUUCGUCAGCAGCAGGCCGCUGCCGCUGCCGGUAUGCCCCAGCCCUACAUGCAGCCCGCCGUCUUCUACCCCCCCGGUCAGCAGGGCUUCAUCCCUGGCGGCCAGCGCGGCGCUAUUCCAUACCCCCCUCAGCCCGGUAUGGUCAUGGCUGGCAUCCCUGGUGGACGCCCUGGUCAGUACCCCGGUCCUUUCCCUGGCCAGCAAGGUGGUCGUGGCAUGGGUCCCAACCAGCAGAUGCCCGGUAACUUCCAAGGCAUGCCCAUGGCUAUGCAAGGCCCCGGUGGUAUGCCCAACGGCAUGGGCUACCCUAUGCAGGGUCAGUUCGGUCGCGGUGCUGGUGGCCGUGGCCAGGUCCCUGGUAUGCCUAUGGGUCAAGGCAUGCGCGGUGGCUUCCGUGGUCCUCCCGGCCAGAUGGGUCGUGGUCAGGGUCGUGGCCAGCCCGCUCCUGCUGGCCAGCCCGGCCGUGAUGAGGCUGCUCCCGCUGGUACUGGAUUGACCGCUCAGGCUCUCAGCGCCGCUCCCCCUGCCCAGCAAAAGCAGAUGCUAGGCGAGGCUCUUUACCCCAAGAUUCAGGCUCAACAGCCUGAGCUUGCCGGCAAGAUCACUGGUAUGCUGUUGGAGAUGGACAACACCGAGCUUCUCGGAUUGUUGGAUGACGAGGAAGCUCUUCGCGCUAAGGUCGACGAGGCUCUCAAUGUUUAUGAUGAGUACAUGAAGAACAAGGGCGAUGGUGAGCCAGCCGGUGAGGCCAAGCCUCAGGAGGCUGCUAAGGAGGCUUCAUCAGAGGAGAACAAGUCUUAA